CCUCCCACACCCCCGCCCCUCCCCCUUACACACUCGCACGCACCGCCGCGCCGGCUCCCACACGCUCGCGCGCCUCCCGCUCCGUGCCUCGGGAUCGGCCGCCGCAGUCCCGGGCCCGCGGAGCCACCAUGUCCACUGCCUCCUCCUCCAGUUCCUCUCAGACCCCUCAUCCUCCGCCGCAGAGGAUGCGGCGCGGCGCCGCGGGCUCCCCGCCCGCCGCCCCCGCCGCCGGGAGCGGGAACGGUGCGGGUGGCGGCGGCGCGAGCUGCGCCCCGGCAGCGGGAGCCGGGCGGCUGCUGCAGCCCAUCCGCGCCACGGUGCCCUACCAGCUCCUGCGCGGUAGCCAGCACAGUCCCACGCGCCCGCCCGCCGCAGCCGCCGCCGCCUCGCUGGGCAGCCUCCCGGGGCCCGGCGCGGCCCGCGGCCCCAGCCCGCCCAGCCCGACGCCACCGCCGGCCGUAGCCGCGACCGAGCAGGCGCCGCGGGCCAAAGGCCGCCCGCGACGGUCCCCCGAGAGCCACCGGAGGAGCAACUCACCUGAGAGACGGAGUCCCGGCUCGCCGGUGUGCAGAGUGGACAGGCCAAAAUCUCAGCAAGUUCGAACCUCUAAUACAAUACGGCGAACCUCUUCUUUGGAUACGAUAACAGGACCUUAUCUCACAGGACAGUGGCCGCGAGAUCCUCAUGUGCAUUACCCUUCAUGCAUGAAAGAUAAAGCUACUCAGACACCUAGCUGUUGGGCAGAAGAGGGAGCUGAAAAGAGAUCACAUCAGCGGUCUGCAUCAUGGGGGAGUGCUGAUCAACUUAAAGAGAUUGCCAAACUGAGGCAGCAACUACAGCGCAGUAAGCAGAGUGGUCGGCUUGGUAAGGAGAAGGACCGGCACUCACCUCUCCACGGCAACCACAUAGCAAUCAGUCACGUGCAGGCUCCUGGAUCAAGAUCAGUCCCUGUACCACUGUCAAAUAUAUCAGUGCCAAAAUCAUUUGUUUCACGUGUGCCCUGCAAUGUAGAAGGAAUAAGUCCUGAAUUAGAAAAGGUAUUCAUUAAAGAAAAUAAUGGGAAGGAGGAAGUGUCCAAGCCUUUGGAUAUACCGGAUGGCCGGAGAGCUCCCCUCCCUGCUCACCACCGUAGCAGCAGUACGCGCAGCGUGGACACCCAGACGCCCUCGGUGCAGGAGCUCAGCAGCAGCUGCAGCAGUCACUCGCCCUGCGUCUCCCCCUUCUGUCCUCCAGGGUCCCAGGACGGGAGCCCUUGCUCAACAGAGGAUUUACUCUAUGAUCGUGAUAAAGACAGUGGGAGUAGCUCACCGUUACCCAAGUAUGCUUCAUCUCCCAAACCAAACAACAGCUACAUGUUCAAACGGGAGCCCCCAGAGGGAUGUGAGCGAGUGAAGGUCUUUGAGGAAAUGGCGUCUCGCCAGCCUAUCUCAGCCCCUCUCUUUUCAUGUCCUGACAAAAACAAGGUUAAUUUCAUCCCAACCGGAUCAGCUUUCUGUCCUGUAAAACUUCUAGGCCCUCUCUUACCUGCCUCUGACCUAAUGCUCAAGAACUCUCCCAACUCUGGCCAGAGUGCGGCACUGGCCACCCUGACCGUGGAGCAGCUCUCCUCCCGGGUCUCCUUUACGUCUAUCUCUGAUGACACCAGCACGGUGGGCUCCCUGGAGGCCUCUGGCCAGCAGCCAUCCCAGCAGCAGCUCCUGCAGGAACUGCAGGGUGAAGAACUCCUCCCGGCACAGAGCUAUGUGAUCAUCUGAGGCAAAGGGGGAGCUGGGCUCUGCCCUGUGGGCCGUGGAUUAGGAACUAGAUCUCAGACAUCUAUCUGCAUGGAGCGACAAACUUACUGACCACCACCACCGACAGAAUAUUUAUCAGCAUCAUAAAGUAUCUCUCAACACCGAUAUUGGCAGGGACGGAACUCCUAUUCAGCAGUUUUUGUGGAAAGCAGUAAUGCUUGCAAAAUGUGUGUGUGUCAUUCAGAAUUUUAAGUGGAGACUAUGCAUUUCAUAGUAUGUUUGACAGAUUAGUGCUAUGUCCUGUGUUUUGUUCCAAAUUCUUCAGUAUAAAUAAGCUCUAUAUCAAAAAGUUGCCUGUCUAAAUAGAAAAUGUCUUGCUGUGUUUUGUCCUAUGGAAAAUACUGUACUUCACAAUUAUGUUUACAAUUGAUCCAGGUGUUUGUUUCUAACUUCUGUAAUACAUACAAUGCAAAAAAUAAAUAAACCAAUGGCCACAACAGUUGCACAGUGCCCACCCUAUGGCCUAGCUUCAGGUACUUCUGUUGAAGUCUAAACUCAGGUAACUUGGAAUGUAUAUCAUAUUGGGAUAGUAACUAUUUCACAGCUAAAAAGCUAAAGAGGGAACAUCACUCUUUUGCCUUUCCUUAUUUUAUGCAUUUCCCUUUCCUCAUUACAUUCCACAUUCUUAGAAGAAGUGCAUUCAACCCGAGGGAAACGGUUAUCCUGGACAUGGGUGAACAUGAGGAGAACCAGCAAAUCUGUGGUGCCUGACAUCACUUUUGUAAUGUGGUUACAAGUAAAACAGCUUGCAUUCACUGUCAACAUGUGUAAAGGUGGCUUUUACAAGUUCAGGUGUUGCUCAGUUAAUAACUGUUACAAUGUUGCAAAAAAAAAGUGUCCAGUACUAGGCUUUACAUAAACAUUCCACAUUGUGUGUGCUUGAAUUUAAAGACAAGAAUGUCUGGGUUGAAUUUCAGAACAAGAGAAGUUUUGCAGGGGAUGGUAGAGAUUUUUUUGUGUAUGUUGGCCAUGGCGGUCAUGAAAUGCUACUGUUUUAUCUAAAGGCAUAUUUAUGUUUAGUUUAUUCUGGAGAUUCUUUAAUUUGCAGGUGAAACAAUGACACACUUUUGGUUAUUGUUUUCCUCCAGCAGUGGAGGUGCAUGAAUUGCAUUCACAUAGAGAAUAUAGGGCCUGAGGAUGAAUGAAAUGUAAGUAAGCAAGUUAUUUGGUGACUUACCAAGGCGGUAGUUUGAAGUGCUCUCUUAUUUGAGCCUCUCAUACUAAUACGGUGAAUAGAUCUGUUCAUAUUUUGGAUGUCCACAGCAAAGCAUAAAUCCAUGUAAAUAGCCCGGAACUUGCAGACUUGACCUAACUUCUCAACCAAGUGUGAAGAGAGCCCUAGAUACGCCUGGCUGGUCAGUGGAAGAACCCAACUCUUGGGCAUUGUUUCCUGCAGCACAAACAGGGUAUCCAAAAGCAAAGGGAAAGUGUUGUGUUUUUUUUUUUGUUCCAUUGCUUUCAGUUCAGUGAAACAGAGUUGUUUCAUCUGCACCUAAAGUAUAUGACAUAGUUUUCUUAAGAAUUAGGGGAACAAGGUGCCUAUGGUUCCAGGAACAUGUCAGUUCCUUUCAGUCAUUCCUGGGGUUUUCUUUGCGUUAUUUUCUAAGGAGGUUGAAGAAGAAAAGGUAAUGAAAAAGAAAGCAACACCAUUGAUUUUUUUUUUAAGACAUGGUAUAUAUGUAUAUGUUUGUGUGUGUAUGUAUUCUGUGUAUUAUUUUGUCAUCCCAAUUAUCUUCUUUCCACCAAAGUUUGCAGUAAUAUUCUCUCCUGAAGGUGCAUCUGGCUCCUUUAAGUUAGUCAGUGUUAUAUUGUAGGAGACUGUCAUGGAAAAGGACUCAGUUUACUUUUGCCAUUUUCACAGGGGAACCUUUUAAAACAAUCUCUUCAGCAGCAGACACCUUUAACCCUAAUAAUCUCAGGCCUUGAUGAAAAUACUAUAUUUUGUAGGUUAUGGUUAAAGGGAGAAAAUUAUUAGUUCUGUAAGAUAAAUAUGAGCUCCAUUAACUUCUGCUAUUUGGUUUAGCAUUAUGUAAUGUGUUGAUCUUCUCUGCUUUUGUCCAAAUAUGAUGCAAUAGUAUCAAUAUCGAUUUAUGAAAGAUGGACUGAGUGCUUUUACGGUGAUGAAAUCUGAUGUACGAUAUUUAUAGUGAUGUGCUUUUAUUUUCUCAUGAGAAACUAAAUAUUGUGUUGUACAUUUGUUCUUAGCAUAUAUUAAAGUUUUGAACCAAAUGUGUUAAAGCUUAUGCUUUGCCUUGUAAAUUUCCCAGAAGUUGUUGAGCUCAAAUGUAUCCUACAUCCAGCUGUAGAAAUUUGUCAGAAAUUGUUUAAAUUUUGUAUAUAAUCGUACUGUUUAAUUCUAGCCACUGUGCUGAACAGUAUUCGAGUUACCAUACAAUAUGGCUUUACACGACGAAAUGUGUGGCUUUUGUUUUGUAUUUUUUCAGUAUAGAAGUUCUGUGUCUUAUUUAAAUAAAGUUAUUAGUAAAACUGGAA